ACACGAGUAUCGACUAGAAGGAGACGCCGGAGGCGCACGUGUUCAAGGUGGAUCUGCCGGCUAAGGAAGGAAGAGGUGAAGGGGGAAGUGGAGGACGACAGGGUGCUUCAGAUCAACUGGGAGAGCAACGUGGACAAGGAGGUUCAGGCUGUCGGAUAA